GAUAACUCAGAUCCAUCCAACGACUUCCGGGUACACUUGACAAGCUUCUCCACAUCGACAGCAUGAUGAAAUAGUAGCAGCUAACACUUAUGGAUCUUUUUUCAAUGCUGCUGUCCUUCGUGGGCAUUGCAGUUAUUACAGCUUUUAUUGUGUUAAUUGUUGUUGCCAUGUCUACAAAGCCAUAUCCAGAUUUAGGAAGAUAUGAGACUGAAAAGUAUUUCAUGAAUGAAAAGCAGGAGAAAUGUGUGUUUCCAUCAAUCAAUGAUCCAGCCACUCUGGAGCUCUCUGUCAUUGUACCAGCAUACAAUGAAGAAGAAAGGUUACCAGUAAUGAUGGAUGAAGCUUUAGGUUAUUUAGAGGAAAGAAAGAAAAAAUCGUCAUCAUUCAGCUAUGAGGUGAUAGUUGUUGAUGAUGGCAGCAAAGACAAAACUACACAAACAGCACAAAAAUAUUGCAAUAAAUUUGGAUCUGAGAAAGUGCGAGUGUUAACACUUGCAAAGAAUCGCGGAAAGGGUGGAGCCAUUAGGCUGGGCAUGUUUUCUGCCAGGGGACGAUACCUUCUAUUUGCUGAUGCUGAUGGAGCAAGUAAAUUUAGUGACUUUACAAAACUGGAGAAUGAAAUGAAAAAUAUAAAUAAGGACAGCAGUAACAGGGCAGUGGUGUGUGGGUCUCGUGCACAUCUGGAAGAGGAGUCUAUAGCACAGAGGUCUUUAUUUAGGACAAUCUUGAUGAAAGGUUUCCAUUUUGUUGUCUGGUUUCUUUGUGUACGGGGAGUCAAGGACACACAAUGUGGAUUUAAACUUCUUACAAGAGAGGCAGCAAUUCUCCUCUUCUCUAAUCUGCAUGUAGAGAGAUGGGCAUUUGAUGUAGACAUGCUGUUCUUAGCUCAGUACUUUAACAUUCCAGUAGGAGAGGUGGCCAUCACCUGGACUGAAAUUGAAGGUUCAAAAAUGGUGCCUGUCUUUUCCUGGAUACAAAUGGGAAAGGAUAUUAUUUUAAUACGACUGCGAUAUUUACUAGGUGCAUGGAAGAUCAAGGAAAAAUCCAAAGUAGAAUGAGAGGUUGAAAGUUAUGGUUGAAAAAUUUUGUGUGAAUGGGGCUUUCAUCUCAAUCAUUUUCAUUAUUGCUGAGUGAUUGUAUUUCUAUCACAUGAUUGUAAUAAAUAUACAAGUAGUGUU